UGAUAAUAUAAUUGCUAAUAAUGAGAGAAACUGAACUAGCCAUGCCUCCCCCUUUACAGCACUCUGAGGAGCAGCCACAGCCAAAGACUACAAUCAUCGUCGAAACACCUUUUUAGAAUUUAUUUCAUAAUAUUUAGUAAUGCAUUAGUGUGGAAGUGUUUAGUUGGACAUGUGUGCCACAAGAUCAUUGGUCAGAUGCUUCUGCUUAGUGAAAUGCUGACAUUAUUUGUGUUGACCAGUGUCUCUGGUCUUUUCUUCUUCCAAAACUAAGCAGUUUGCAGACUUUCACAUGGUUGAAGUUCUGAUUGUAUUUGCAUGUAGUUCAGGUUUCAGGAUCAGUUUUUCUCGUGUGUUUGUCCACCUCUCUGUCGUCCCCUGAAGCCCGUCUGCUGGGAAUGAUUACAGUGGUUGUUGUGAUGCUGCAGUCAGGAAUGGACCAGUCUGCCCGGCUCUACCUGAGGCCCCUCACCCUGAUCACCUGUGCCGUGGUGGCUGGGUGCAGGAGGGAGAUGAGGAGCCACCUAUGAGAUAAUCUUCCUGCAGGUGAACCACAUAUCUCCAGGAUCGGGUCCAUCGCAGGACUCCUGCUGAUGAAUUCUGGAGUCAUAAAGCGAACGUAUCCCACAGCAUGAGACGCAUGUGGAGCCAGAGCUCGUCAGUGGAAACCCAGAGGCAGCGGCGGUGGGCGGGGUUAAACCACAUCUGGAUGAAAAACAUCUGGACUUCUCCGUCUGUCUCUGCAUACAUCAGAGUGUCUCUGCGGAAACCGGGACCGAAAUCCGACCGACGGACCGAGCGAUCGCCUGUGUGUUCCGGUUGACUUUACCCGCAGAUGAUGGCUCGGCGCUGGACGUUUCGGACCGGGCUCGUCGUCCUCCUGACCGUCUGGCUUCCGGUUGCUGUCCAGUCCUUCACCCACCUGAACUCCAACCUGUGUAAGUGGUGUGAGGUGUCCAGCCCGGUGUGCAGAGACAGUGUGUGCUUCAGUAACUGCACCCUGUCCUCCUUCUGCACCGCCAUCGAGGAGAUCUGCAUCGCCAUAUGGAGAAAAACCAACGACACAAUGACGGUGCACACGAUGUGUCAUAACCCCACUCUGCCACUAGAGGGUGUUGACCCCGGCCUCCUGCUUAACUUUACCUCCAGGGAGUGUCGCAUGGUCCCACAGCCUGCAGAGGACGGCGCCAUGAUGGUCUGUGGCUGCCGGGGAGAACACGAAUGUAACAACGAACUUCUCUUUGACAAGGGAGCCAAUGGAUUCUCCAAGCUGCAAAGUAAAGACGUGAUCCCAGUGGUGGUGGUUAGUUUGGUGCCUCCUGUCCUGGUGGCAAUAGUUGCCACUGCCACCUUCUACUUCUACCGCACUCGCCGCCCCAACAAACCAGACCCUCCUGCACGCCCUGACUGGCCCACAAAACGCACCUCGGAGCUCUACCAGGCCUUUGACCUUCCAUGUGGGGGUCUGGGAGCUCAGGGAGAGGUUAGAGGAGGAGGAGGAGGUGUAGCCCCGGGUCCUGAGGCUGAAAAUGAGGAGUCUAAUGCCAAGCAUCCCAACAGUGAUAACAUCAGCAACAUGACAGACUGGCAGGGCCAAACUGUUGAACUACUGCCCAUCAAGCUGGAGGUCCUGGUGGGGAAGGGGCGCUUUGCAGAGGUGUGGAGGGCAUGUCUGCUGCAAGGGGAGAAGGGUGGAGUCAACUGUUAUGAAACUGUGGCGGUGAAGGUGUUUCCAGCUGUAGAGUAUGCCUCAUGGAGAAAUGAGUGCUCAAUCUUCUCUGACCCAAAGAUGGAGCAUGACAAUGUGGUUCGAUUCCUUGCAGCCGAGGAGAGGGGUCUGCCUGGCCACGCCCUGAGGAAGUAUUGGCUGGUUUUGGCCUAUCACAGCCUCGGGAACGUGCAGGACUUCCUCACAGCAAACAUACUGAGCUGGGAGGAGCUUGUUGCCAUGGCAGGCAGUAUUGCGAGAGGGUUAGCUCACCUUCAUAGUGACAGAACACUCAGUGGGGUACCAAAGGUGCCGGUUGCCCAUCGGGACCUAAAGAGCAGUAACAUUGUGGUAAAGAGCAGGAAGGAGUGUGCUCUGUGUGAUUUUGGACUGGCGUUAAGGCUGGACCCGUCCCUUACUGUGGACGACUACGCCAACAGUGGACAGGUGGGUACAGCUCGCUACAUGGCUCCUGAGGUCCUUGAGUCCAGGGUGAACCUGGAAGACCUUGAGGCCUUUAAACAGAUGGAUGUUUACUCCAUGGCUCUGGUUCACUGGGAGAUGGCCUCCCGCUGCCACGCCAUCGGAGAGGUGAAAAGCUACGAGCCAGCAUUUGGCUCCCAGGUUUGUGAGCAGCCCUGUGUGGACAGCAUGAGAGACCUGGUGCUGAGGGACCGGGGACGACCAGACAUCCCCUCGACGUGGACGCAGCACCAGGGGAUGAGCGUCUUCUGCUCCACCAUCACUGAGUGUUGGGAUCACGACCCGGAGGCCAGACUGACGGCUCACUGCGUGGUGGAGCGCUUCAGUGCCCUGCAGCAUGAGAGUGAGGAGAAGGGAGGAGCACAGGAGGAGGAACUGAGGCAAGAAGCUGACAGAGACAAGGACUCAGAGGCACCAGACAAUGACCAGAUUCCUUCUGUCUCCGCUCCUACAUCCUCGCCCUCUUCGUCCUCCUUCAUCCAGGGUGCCCAGCCGGACACAAAGAGAGGUGACGCAGAGGUUUCCCAUGAUUCCCUGGGUCGCACUGGCUCUGUGGUGUGAACAGUAAGUCCUGGGUCCUCCUGUUGCUGGCUGUGUUCACACUGCCUGCUGGAACAGGCCUGUAGAAACUGAUAAGUGAGCUGUAGUGGCAGAUGAUGGCCUCGUUGCACUCGUACGGUAAUCAUUUCUGUCAGGGUGUGACUCCCACUUUAGCUGCGUGGCUUCCAGCCUGAAAUAUCUCCACAAUUCUUUCUCCAAAAUUUUUUACAGACAUUUUUUGUGCCCCGGACAACAACUCUUCAUGACUUCACCUAUGACGCCACCUGCAGGUUCGCCUUUGUACAUGUAAGUGAAAUGUCUGUGGGACGAGGACAACAAAUACAGAGCCCUCAGGAGCACCCGUGGGAACUUAUUCCACAAAAAGUGUGCACAGCAUAUGAUGUUUGUCACUUUAAAGGAUAAUGAAUAAUAAUAAAUAAUAAAUAAAUAUGCUGAGGCUUUUGUGAAACCCCAGCACGGAUUGUUAAGGGUUAUUGUUCAAAUUUAGAGAGUGAGAAGGCAAGACAGCUGGAAGGGACCACAUCUUACUGUUUGGAUGUUCUGUUCAGUGCCGUGAAGCUGUAAGAGAUGAGCGAUUCAACAGAACUGGAGGGGAAAUGAAAGCAAGAGAGAAAAUUUAAAAAUGCUGACCUCAUCAUGUUGAUGCCGUGUGAAAAGCCAGAGGAACACCAAAGUUAUUACAGUUGCUCCUGGGGGGGGAUCUGAACCACAUUUCUUCACAAUCCGACACAUGGUUUUGAGACGUUUCAGUUUGGACAAAAGUGGUGGACAAAGUGUAAACCCACUGUGACGUCACACAUUGGUUUGGGGACUGCAGCUGUCAUCAUCUUGACCGUAUCGGGACACAGGAGGAGCUGGGGACGACAUCCUGUUGGGAUCUGACUGAGAACCCGAGGAGACACCGUUGUAGCGACCUGUCAAUCACAAGGUAACCCUGUCCUAAAGCGUCCUCUGUGGUCUGUUUGACUCUAAAUGGGAACAUAACCUAAACUAGCAGCUGAAGCCAUAAGCCCAGUGGGAAGAAGGCUCAUUUUCCCACAAGCUUCUCAGUGAAUUCGCCCCCUGCUGGACAUUAAAGGCUUCGCUUUUCAGACCUUGAAGCUCCGUCCAGUGAUCGUCCUUUCUGGUUAGCUGUCUCAGUUAUAGUUCUGCUGGCAGAGAUUCACGCUCAGAUUGUUUUUUGUUUGUAUGAAAAUGUUUAAUUUUGUGGGAGCUGGCCUCCAUUUUGUUGUGGUAUUAUUCUUUAAUAGCUACUGCAGUGACCAUUACUUAUAUCUACUAUUUCCUGCCCUGUUGAGGGUAUUUGUCUCUGGUUUAGCAUCUGUCCUGACUCUACACGGUGAAGAAUUGGUCUGAUUUUCCUUUAUUUAAUAACAAAAUCCCUGCCAAAGACCUGUGAAUCAGAUCUCACACGAACACAAACAUGCACAUAAUUAUAUGUAAUGUUGUUGUUGUUGCCAAGAUGUAAAAAUGGAAAUCUUCCAAUCUUCCAAUCCAAAGACGGAUUCAGUGACUGAAAAUACUUUUCCAUCCAACGUGAAACACAAACACAGAAAACCACUAUGGGAUGGAAAACACAGUGUGUCCAAACUAUGUUGUUCAUUUUGUAAUAAAGUUUGUUUUCUGUAAA